AUGCCACGUAGAUAUCGGGAACAGAUCUUAGAGGUUACAAAAACGGUGACAAUAAUGGAGGUUGCAAAUGCAGCACCAAACAAACAUCCGCGUGCGUGUGAAGUCACUGUCACAAAUAUUGCCUCCGACUGUGGCCAUCCAGUUUCUCUAAAGAUUACUCAUAUGCACAAAUCUCAGGGCAUGCAUCAAAGCAAGACAAAGGUGCAAAUUCCCGAGAUAAACAUUGUGGAAAAUACUUGGGAUGCCAUUACAUCCGCUCCAAACGGAACGACACGGACUGAGCAAGAACACAUGACCCAAAUCGAACGCACCACAGUGAAAAUACCUAGUGCAGACACCACUUUCAACCAUCAAGGAGACAACGUUAUUGAUCUACAGUUCACACAACCUGUUUUGUUAGAAGAAGCACAUGAUUGUCGAAAACAAUGUAAAUCGUCUACAACGGGCCUAGUGCAAACACUCUAUUACAGACCGUUUUCGGAAGAAGGUGCACUGAGAGGCUCCACUUCAGUAGUUAACGUAGAUGCGCGUCCUGGAACUGCACCAGUGCACUACGGCGCAAUGAUCGGCAAAAGUCAUGUUAGUGAUUGA